UUACCAUAUGGCUGCGUGUGCUGGGGGUCGCGUUUUUCCCCCCUCCAUCAAAUUAUGGGUGCACUGCAGCGCUGGCAAGGAGUGGUCACAGCAUCGACUCUCUACGGCUAGCUAACGAUGCUAACGUAAAGUUCAAAUCGAGACCCUCUAUUGCUCGCCGUGCAGGACUCAAACAAGCCUUUGGUGCCAGGAGAUAAAACAAAGAAAGCCGUCAGACCUGACUGUGAAGGACGCUUUAACCGAAUAUUCCCGUGCCUAAUCUGUUUUUGCUACCCUAACGCUAGCCUGGCUAUUUUUUGGCAGCGAUCUGGGACGGCUAUGUGGGUUAUUGUGAUGCUAACGCUGCAAGACAGCCAAACGAGGUCAUGCGGGUGCUGAGCGAGCAUUCACGCCAACUUGGGCUGAUUUGAUCUCCGGCGUUGUCAUUUAUUUGUGUAGUAGCGCUAGCGCAACUACAGAUCCAUUUCUACCUGCUUCUGGGGCUCGGUGGUUGGGUCACUUUCCACACAUGAACAACUAAAGCGCCACUUCUGAACUUGGUGUGAUCUCUCACCUCUUCUACCAAAACCUUGCCCACAGGUUAAGUGUGUAUGGAGCAGUGCGAGAGCGCAGCGGCUCUGCUGGAGUCGGUCAGGGAGCAGGAGGUGCAGUUUGAACAGCUGACCAGGGCGCUGGAGGAGGAGAGGAGGAGAGUGGGCCUCCCCGCCACUAGCCCCUCAACCUUGGGUCGUCCCCUCCCUCACACACAGAACGGGCGUUUAGGGGAUGCAGACAUAGAACGACUGAAGCUGACAGACACAUAUAUAAACGGCACACAGUACAGGAUGGUGGACCCUGCACAUGGCGCUCUAGAUGAGAGCUACACACCAGAGGAUGAAUCUCAGGAAGUGCAUUCAGUCUUUUCCGAAGAAGGAACCACGCGGCGGAUGGACAAUGGGAUGAAGAAACCGAUAUCGCGCACAGUCCUGCCUACUGAGUCAUUGUCCAUCGAUGGGGGCUUGUCAGUGCCUGGUAUGGGCGUCUACAGCGCCACAUUGGACCGUCCUUACAGGCAGCCUGGUGGAAUGGACUACCCCACUGCUACAGUACCCAGAAACUACCACUAUGGUCCUGUGGGUGGUUACGAUGACUAUCGCGGAGGUCUGCCAUCAGAGGCCUACGCUAGUCUGAGCAGGGGUUCACACAUGGAUGAUCGCUACAGGCCAAUGGAUGGCUACAGGACUCUGGACUCUGGCUACCGGGCUCCGAGCCGCCAGCAGCUCGACCCGUACGCAGCACAGCCCCAGGUGGGUCGGGGAAUGAGGGCCAUGGGCUCUGCGAUGGAGAUGCGGUAUGGGCACGGUCACUAUGGUUUGGAGGAUGAUCAACGGAGCAUGGGAUAUGAUGAAUAUGGAAUGGGGCCUCCACCUAUGCACCCUGGAGGCUAUGGUACCAUGCCACGCCUGGGACCGGGGCCUGGGGGUAUUGAUAGACGAAGACUGAGGAGCUGCGAGGACACUUUGGACAGUGACAUAGGCAGCGUUGAGCCAUACGCCUGGGCCGUCCCGAUGACAAUGGAGAGAGGAAGCAUGGCUUCUCUGGACAGCACAUUGAGAAAACCUCCUACUUCGUGGAGACAGCCAGAGCUUCCGGAGGUUAUCGCCAUGUUGAAUUACCGCCUGGAUCCUGUCAAGACCAACGCUGCUGCCUUCCUCCAGCACCUCACAUUCAAAAAUGACAAGGUUAAAUCAGAGGUGCGCCGCCUAAAGGGCAUCCCAGCUUUGGUGUCGAUGCUGGACCAUCCUAGUAAGGAUGUGCAUCACUCAGCCUGCGGGGCUCUGAAGAAUAUUUCAUAUGGACGAGACCAAGACAACAAAAUCGCCAUCAAGAACUGCGAUGGCGUACCUGCUCUGGUUAGAUUACUGAGGAAAACGCACAACCAGGAUCUCACAGACACUAUCACAGGCACCUUGUGGAACCUUUCAUCCCACGAUUCGGUUAAGAUGGAGAUUGUGGACCACGCCCUGCAUGCCCUAGUUGACGAGGUGAUUGUUCCACACUCAGGCUGGGAGAGAGGGAACAGCGGAGGAGGAGAAGAAAGCUGCAAACCACGCCAUAUGGAGUGGCAGACCGCCUUGACCAACACUGCUGGCUGCCUUAGGAAUGUGAGUUCAGAACGCAGCGAGGCCAGGCGAAAGCUGAGGGAAUGCACGGGGCUGGUGGAUUCACUUAUGUACAUGGUCCAGUCACAGAUCAACUGCAAAGAUGUGGACAAUAAGCUGGUGGAGAACUGCGUCUGCCUUCUGAGGAAUCUGUCCUAUCAGGUUCACCGUGAAAUCCCCGGCUCUGAACAAUACGCAGAGGCCAUACCUGUCAACCAGGGCCCAGCUCCAGCCAGUAAGGGCGGCUGCUUUGGCUCUAGAAAAGGCAAAGAUGAGUGGUUUUCCAAAGGAAAGAAGGAUGUAGAUGAUGGAAGUGCAGAUAUGGUUGAUAUUCCAAAGAGAACGACACCUGCCAGAGGUUAUGAGCUUUUGUUCCAGCCUGAAGUGGUUCGUGUUUACACGUCACUGCUCAAAGAGAGCCAGAACCCAUCAGUGCUCGAGGCUGCUGCCGGCGCCAUCCAGAACCUGUGUGCUGGCCGGUGGACUUAUGGUCGGUAUAUCAGGGCAAAGGUGCGUCAUGAGCAGGGACUCCCCAUGAUGGCAGAACUGCUGGCUCAUGGCAAUGAUCGUGUGGUUCGUGCAAUGUCUGGAGCUUUGAGGAAUCUUGCCAUUGACAACCGAAACUGUGAACUGCUAGGUUUGCAUGCAGUGCCUCACCUUGUGGCCAACCUGCCUGGAGCCCAGAAUCAGUCUGGGCGUAAUCUAUCCGAGGAGACAGUUGUGUCUGUACUGAGCACGCUCAGUGAGGUGCUAGGCAACAGAUUGGAGCCAGCAAAGGUCCUUCGAGAGAAACGAGGCAUCGAGAGCCUGGUGCUAAUCAACAAAGAUGGCAAGCGCUCUGAUCGCGAAGUGCGGGGGGCGAGCCAGGUCCUGCAGCUCGUCUGGGCUCACAAGGAACUGCGCCGACCUCUUGAGAAAGACGGCUGGAAGAAAACUGACUUCAUGGUUAACAUUAACCCAGGCACCACUACCACUAACGGCCCGAGCACUCGAGCUAACGGCACCUAUGAAGACAGCACUACACCCCUCCUGGACAGAGGGGAAAAGAGGGACAUGAUUCCCCUGAAUGACAUUGGCCCUGAGGCCUACUCUACACUGGACCAGAAAGAAAGGAGACACACUCUGGAUGAGACCACAGACACUUUACCGCGAGGGGUGUAUGGGGGCAGAAAGGGCUCCCUGCCUCUAUUGGACUCCUACGAUGAAAAACUGAUAGUUUGCAUCACCCAGACUGGGCCGUCCCUGCCCUACCACUGCUACUGAGGAGAGAAGAUCCAGACUCUCCCUCUCCUCACCCCUUCCUUUCCCCGUUUCUCUCUCUUAUCACCACACAAAUGGGAUCAAAACAUGGGGGCGGGGGGGUUGGCAUCCAAAGAAAGUGGUUGUGUUGCAGGCAAAGACUUUCAAGCAACACACACAUGCAAAUUCAGUUGUAGCAGCAGAAAUGUAUUCCGUUUAUAACUUAUAAUUAUUCUGUAAAGGCAAUCACCUUUGUUGACAAUCAUUUGAUUCUGGUGUUGUCCUCUGGCUUGCUUUUUUUUUUUUUUUUUUUUUCCUCUUGGCAAUUUUAUUGUCAUGUUACAGCCACCUGACAUUGGCCCUGAUAAGUUUGUAUUUAGACAUUUAAGUAGGGUAUAUACUGUAUAUAAAAAGAAAAGGGGGGUGACUGCAGUAGUUUUGGCUCAUUAAUUUAAUUAAUGGGAGGUUGGGACACACCGACAGCCCGCCCUGUAGAUUGAGAAUGUUUAUAUAGGAGUUAUUUUCCUGUCUAGAGUUAUUUUCUCUCAGUUGGGAUGACAAGAAAGGGCAGGUGUGUGUAUAUUUAUCAUACAGUAAACCUGUGGGUGUGUGUGCACGUGGAAAAUGAAUAUGGACCUUUUGAAUGAUUGUGUGUUGAUCCAGAUGACACCACAUGUUUUUCCAUCAGUUAUGCUUUUUUUUUUUUUUUUUUUUUUUUUUUUUUUUUUUUUUUUUUUUUUUUAAAUUGUGUGCUCCUCUUCCUGUGAUGAAGCUGUUCUUGUUUUGUUCCCUUUAUGUCCCUCCCCACAUGGAACAUUUAGGAGAAUUUCAGCUGCUUUAUUUUGGAUUUUCCUGUUUGGGUUUAGCCAACUAAACCAGCCAACACUUCAGACCUGGUACUGAGAUGAAGCUGUGAACAAACACUACUAAGCCACUAAAAUAUUUCGACAUACAGCUUCAGAAGGCCCUUAACCAUUCCUGUACACCUGCCUGUUCAUCUUUUUCUUUUUUUUUUCUUCUGGACCAGCUGAAGUGACUUUUUGGAAGAAAUUUAAAUAUAAAAUUCUGUAGCUGUUUUUUAUACAUGCUUGUCUGUAUUAAAACAUUUGGGAGGCUUCUGUACUCAGAGGAGACUCGAGUUUUAACAGGUUGGGAGAGAUACAGGUGUAAUUUAAACUGGGAGGCUGGCAGAAGGCACAUUUUGUUUUUUGGGUUUGUUUUUUUUGUAUUUCUUUGUGCGUCUGUUUCUUUUUAUUUUCUGGAGGUUUAUAUGUAUGGGAGUGGUGGAUGAGAGCAUUAUGCAAUUUGUUCUACUUUAUAAUUCCACUUUUACAUCAGAGUUGUUUUAAAGGCAAAAGAGACCAAUCAUCUUUUUGUUUUUGUUUUUUACUCUUCACACACAUAGUAUAUUUGUACUGUUGCCUAUCCAUGUAAAAUUAUGAUGUACCAUUCAUUACCUGCCUUGGCUCUGAGAAGUUGCUUUCGUUUUUUCUUUUUUCAGUGACGUAUGUAACUGGUUGUUUUUUAUAAAUAAAGAUCUUUUCCUAGACAA